AUGGCUCAUGGCUUGAUUCAACCUCAACCAGGAAGACAAAUUGAGGAUACUGGCAACCAGUAUCUCAUUUAUCUUGCACAAAGAUCCUUGUUACAGAGCUUCGGAAGUGAAUACAAGAUGCACAGCUUGGUGCACAGCUUAGUGAUGGCUGUUACUGCGGAUGAAUCCCUCUGCUUAUCAGGCACUGAUAAAUCCAGCAAUCAACAUAAGAAUGAAAAGGUGAGCAUCCGCCAUAUAGCACUCAUAUCUGAUAAUAUGAAGAUGGCAGAAAUUUUGCUCAAUAACCUGCGCACACUUCUCUUUAUUCGAACAACUAGAACAAAUUUUGAGUAUGGCUCUUUGUUCAUGAAAUUGAAGUGUGUAAGGGUGCUCUGUUUGGGCGACAAAAGAUUAAGACACUUGCCUGAAUCAAUUGGAAACUUAAAACAACUCAGAUAUCUUGACCUUUCCCACACUGUUGUUUCCACUGUGCCAGAUGAAUUGUGUAGUCUAUACAAUUUGCAGACUCUGAAGCUGAGCAUCUCAUUCUCUAGCAAACCUUUACAAAAUGCAUGUCGAAUUUGA